GAAAAAACGCGAUAUGUGUGAACACACACGCAUACAUUGCUGCUAUGCUAUAUAAAUAAAUAAUACAAUACAAUAAACAUUAGGGAAUGAUCCUCUGAAACACAUAGUCUAGCUAAGUAGCCAUCAACACAUUCUUAAAUACUAAGAUCACAACACAAACGUUGAAGUGAAGAAAAACAUAGAGAAAAGAUAUCUAUGAGGGUGUUUCCUAGGUUCAAGUUUUUGUCAAGAGCAGUGGUUCAUGAGGAAAAUGAAGGUGAACAUAAUUUGGAGAGAAAGAGGUAUCCUAUUAUUGUAACUGAAGGAAAUUUGUGUACAUCAUCAUCACUAACAGUUUGGAAAAAAUCCCUUGUAAUUAAUUGUAAAGGAUUCACAGUCAUAGAUUCAUGUGGAAACCUUGUGUAUCGUGUUGAUAAUUACUCCUUGCACCCCCAUGAAGUUGUUCUUAUGGAUGCUUCAGGAAACUCUCUUCUCUCUAUGCGCCGCCAAAGGAAGCUUGGAUUAGGAGAUAGUUGGUUUGUGUAUGAAGGAGAAACUGGGAAUCAUAGUACGAGAAAAACAUGUAAGUUGGAAAGGUCAAGAAAGAGUCCAGUUUGUUGUGUAAGGAAGAGUGUAAAUAUUUUAAACGGCAAUACCAAUGUUCAGGCAUACGUGCACCGUGUAGCUUCUGACUCAGAUAAACGACAAGCGGCGUUUACGGUGGAAGGUUCCUAUGCACGAAGAACGUGUAAGGUGUUGGAUGAGAACAAGAGAGCAGUAGCUGAACUCAAGAGAAAGGAGACCAAUACAAAAGAUGUGUCUUUUGGGAUUGAAGUUUUUCAGUUAGUUGUUCAUCCAGGAUUUGAUCCUGGUUUUGCAAUGGCACUUGUUUUAGUACUGGAUCAGAUGUUUACAUAACACACUUCCUGGAGUAAUAAUAAUAUAUUUAUUUCCAAUUUCUGUUUUUAUGUAUCUCACAUACCAUUGAAGAGCAUUUUAAAUAGGAAGAAGAAAAACAAUUGCGAUAGUCCUGUUUUGUUACAAGAAGGAAUUGAACUUGGUAUCCCAAAAUUUUCAA